UAAAAAAUUAUUUUUUACCUUCAAUUGCUAUAUUUAUGAAAUUUUGUAAAUAAUUAGAAACAAUAAAAAAUGACAUCUGAAACUGUAUUAAAAAAUAAAAAUAAUAUGAUGGAAUCAACUAAUGACCAAGGAAUAACAAAUAAUCCCUCUAUUAAUUCCAACCCCUUAAUAGUUGCUGGAUUGAUAUUGCCAUUAGUAUUGAGACCAGCUAUAAAUAAAAUGAUAAAUAAUAUAGGAAUGGAUAAUUCACAUAUUGACUCAUGCAUUAAGCAGUUACAAACUGCUUUUAAUAAAAUGGAAAAUGUGAAACCAGGAUUUUCUUAUGAUUUUAUUAGAAUAUUAUUAAGGAAUGCUGUUUUAUCAACAACUAAUUUAAAUAAAUUAGAAGAAAGUCAAGAAAAUGAACAUAAAAUUCAAGCAUUGGAAACUACCACUCUUUUAGUUGACAACGAAUUGCAGGAAAGUAUAUUAAGGCUGGCAUCCUCUAACACUGUAUUACACUCAAAAUUAGAGGAUGAUAGUUUAAUAUCCUCUAAGGCUAAUAUCCCAUCAUCCUCAUCAAUAGUUCCAACUUAUAUAAGUGAUCUUGAUAUGCGUGCAAGAGAACUCAAAAGUGUUUUAAGCAAAAUUCCUGAUCAAAUCAGAGAUCGUAAAAUAUUUCUAGAAACAAUUAAAGAAAUAGCUGGUGCCAUUAAACGUUUAUUGGAUGCAGUAAAUGAAGUUUAUUUAUAUAUUGGUGGUAAUGAGAUAUCAAGUUUUUCUGAUACACAAAUGGAAAAAAAUAACCCAUCUAUGGCAUUAAAUGAAGAACAAAAACAGAGAUUUCAAACCCUUAUUGAACAAAAAAAACGUGAAUUUGUACGCUAUUCUAAAAGAUUUAGUAAUACUCUUAAAGAAUAUUUUAGGGAAGGAGAUGUAUAUGCAGUGUUUAGAAGUGCAAAUUGUUUAGUUUAUCAGGCUGAUUUAAUUGCUGCCACAGUCAAAGAACAGAUUUUAAUGUGAUAAGUUUGAAAAAGUUUAUAAUUGUUUAUUGGAUAAAUUUAUAAAACAUUAUAAUAUAAAUUAUGGACAGAUGAAUAUUAUUUUAUCAACUUUAAUAAAUUAAUAUGAAACAACAUUGUGAGCUAAAAUUUAUGAUUAAUUAACAUUACAUUUUUAAAUAUACCAUCUAUGAGCUCUUUAUUGUUCAAUGAGACUAGAGGACAGUAUGGCUGAAAGCAUGGCUUAUGUGUUCAAUAAUUAGUACAAAAUAUUUUUAUGUCAGGCUUUAAUUUUGAGAACUUUCUAUGUUUAGAAUUAGGCAAAUUUAUGUUAUUUUCUAUCAUAAAUUACAGGCUAGGCAAAUCCUUUUUAUUAAUCAAGUUUGAGCCAUGCUGAUUUUUAUUGAAACAUUUUAUUUAUUCAAUCAUUUUCAUUAUUUUCAGAAGAGUAUAGGGCUCUGCCAUAUUAAAGAUUGGGGCCAAUAUUUAGAGUUCU